GGAGCGGGGCCGGGAUGGUGCUGGAGGCGCUGCGGCCGCGGGUCGUGCGCUGGGCGCUGCUGGCCGCCUUCGCCGCCGGCGCGGUGGUGGGCUGGCAGGCGGGCCGGGCGCGCCGCCGCUUCCUGCGCUGGCGGCAGCGGUACCUCCAGCGCCGCCUCGCCGCCGCGCAGGAGAAGCUGGAAGCGGCCUGAGCGCCGGCAGCCGCAGCCGGGCGGCCCCCGGCCCUGGCAGCGGGCUCCGGGUGGCUCCUCCGGCGGCUUCGGUGGGCGCUGCCUGAGCCGCUGGAGACGGGUGAAGCGCCGCUGGGGAAGGACAGCGUCCCUGGGAUGGCAGGGCUGCCGGCUGGACAGCAUCCGUGGAACUGCAGUGCUGCCCGAGAAGACGGCAUCCGUGGAACAGGACUUCUGCUCUUCACAAAGCAAGAUCCCAAACUGUGUCAGACUAACCUAACAAAGAGCUGAGGAUAUGCGAGCAACGAUCCCAGACCUGGAACGGACUGCUCAGGGAGGUUUGGAGUCCCCGUCCCUGGAGGUGUCCAAGGAACAACUGGACGUGGCACUCAGUGCUCUGGACCGGGUGACGAGGUGGGAUCGGUCACGGGUUGCACUCGAUGAGUUCGGAGAUCUUUUCUAACCUCAGCGAUUCCAUGAUUCUGGGAUUUCCAUAUUUCACAGGGUUGUCUGCACUCGUCCAGCUCUAAGCCUGCUGCUCUGCCCUUGCCUGGAGGAAGCGCUGCCAACACAAUAAAUUAGCAAAAGUCA